CUGAGACAAGGAAAAUGACCAAAUAAAGAUUGCCAAUAGAAUGGCAAUAACAAUUUCUCUGCAGAACCUGACACUUGAAGGAUAUGGACAAUCACAGAUGUCAAUGGCAUUUCAUUGCCUUUUCCUUUUUCCUCAGAGCGGUGCAAACCUCAGCCUCUUCCUGGACCGCUGAGGUGCCCAGUCCAGUCUCCGCCCUGCUGGGCUCCUGUGUGGUCAUCCCCUGCUCUUUCAACUACCCAGAACCACAGAAGAAGUCCUCUGAAGUCACCGGGAUUUGGGCCAAAGAAACCCUCAAGAAGAUCUACCAUCCAGACAGGUCUUCAGUGCUGCAGGAUUUCAAGAACCGCACACAAUUAGUUGGAGAUCUCCAAGUCAAGAACUGCUCUCUGAGGAUUGAUCCCCUUCAUCAAAGUGACACAGGACCCUUUUAUUUUAGGGUUGAAAUAAAAGACUACGAAAAGUAUUCUUAUGUGGACAACAGAGUUUCUAUUGAUAUCAAAGAUAAUUAUGAUUGUGCUUAUACCUCUUUUUUUUCUAAAGGGUUGCCAGAGCUCCCCACUCUGUCAGUGAGUGAAGAAGUGAGGGUAGGUGAGCUGUUCACUGCUUCCUGCUCUGUGUCUCACUCCUGCCCCACUGACCCCCCUGUCCUGACCUGGAGCCACUCAGCAACACCCACUGUCCAAUCACAGCAGCUGUCCAAGGGCCAGUGGGAAGUGACAUCAUCCUUGACCUUUGCCCCCACGGUUGCUGACCACAACAAGUCUCUCAGUUGCACAGCAGCCUACAGGGGAGGGAAAAAAGCAGAGAGCUCCCAGACUCUAAAUGUCAAAUACGCCCCACUGGAUGUGAGGGUGGAGAGGGAGUCCACAUUGCAGGAGGGAGACUCUGUUGAGCUGAGGUGUUCCAGUGAUGGUAACCCAGCGGCCCACAGCUACCAGUGGCACAGCCCCAGUGGGGCUCUGCUGUCCCGGGGACAAACCUACAGGCUGGAGAGGGUGUCCAGACACACUGGUGCCCUCUACUGCACCGCCAUCAACACAGAGGGACAAGGACGCUCCAGUCAAGUGAAGCUCAACGUGAUCUAUCCUCCUGAAAUUAAAGUAGGCUCUGCCUGCUUCUCUAACAUCUCCACGGUAACCUGCCUGUGCAUCGUGGAAUCUGUCCCCCUUAGUGAUGUCCAGUGGUCUCUCCCAGAUGGAGUUCUGUCAAGCACCAAGGUAGACAGGCACCGAUCAGUGAUCAUCGCCACCCUGCAAGGCAGUCUUGGCUUUGCAGACUACACCCUCUGCCAUGCCAACAACAGUGAGGGAAACACCACCCAGGCCUUCAAGUUGCCCAAAAAAGAUAUGACAUGGACGGUGCACGUUUUUAUAGCCGUAUCAGCGUUUUUGGUGCCGGUGUUAUUCAUGUCAGCAUGGAGGUUAACCAGGAAGUGUCGUAAGAGCCAUGAUGGUCAACAUGCAACCACAACACAGAACAUUGCUAUUGUUACGGCCAAAGCCACAGUCUCAGACAACUCCGCAGCAACACAAGAAAACAUCAACAAUGAAGUCUCCGGCAACCAAUAUGUUUACGGCAAUAUGGAGGUUUGUACUAACUGCUCCCUGAGAUCUGAAGUAAAAGCCGACGGCAGGUGUGACUCGUAUGAAAGUGUGAUGGGUGAAGAUAUCUAUGCUAACGUGUGACAACAGCAGGAAACAUGUUCUCCUGUGAGGACCCUAUUUGUUUCACUCCUGCCCUUCAACACUGAUUCUAUGCACAUGCUACACUGUACUGUAAACCCAAUAAAUUCAGAAUACUCAUAACCUUCGUGGAAACUGAUUACAUCAAACUAUUUUUCAUCUAAGCAAUUUUUUAAAGUAAAUUAUCAUUUGAACAAUCUAUUAAUUUAUUAAAUUAAUGGUUGCCUGAUAAAACGGAAAUGUAUGUAAAUAGCAAAUUCUGACAUGCUUUGGUUUACU